AGUAUGGCAACACUGGCGUCGUGGUGCCACUGGUGGUAGACAGUACACACGCACACUCUCACCUGCCUGCCUCACCCAACCAUCGUCGCCGAACACCGUCACCAUGGCGAUGUCCAAGUCCACCAAUACUUAUAACAGACAAAAUUGGGAAGACUCAGACUUCCCAAUACUGUGUCAAACCUGCCUGGGAGACAAUCCGUAUGUGCGAAUGAUGCGUGACCGGUAUGGAAAAGAAUGUAAGAUUUGUACUCGUCCAUUCACUGUCUUCAGAUGGUGUCCAGGAGCAAGGAUGAGAUUCAAGAAAACUGAAGUGUGUCAGACAUGUGCAAAAAUCAAGAAUGUCUGCCAGACAUGUUUACUGGACCUUGAAUAUGGUCUGCCAACUCAGGUUCGAGACUCUGCACUCAGUCUGACUGAUGAGAUGCCAAAGAGUGAAGUUAACAAAGAGUUUUACAUUCAAAACAUGGAGAAGCAGAUGGCAGCAACUUCAGAUGGCAGCACUGCAGGAGGAGCACUAGGGAAAGCUAAGACUCAUUCAGAGAUGCUGCUAAGACUUGCCCGUACCACACCUUACUAUAAACGUAACAGGCCACACAUUUGUUCUUUCUGGGUGAAAGGGGAAUGCAAGAGAGGAGAAGAGUGUCCUUACCGUCAUGAGAAACCUACUGACCCAGAUGAUCCACUGGCAGAUCAAAACAUCAAGGACCGUUACUAUGGUGUUAAUGAUCCCGUGGCUGACAAGCUGCUGAAGAGAGCUGCAGCAAUGCCAAGACUAGAGCCUCCUGAAGACAAGUCCAUUACUACUCUUUAUGUUGGAAACUUAGGUGACAGAAUUGGGGAAAAAGAAUUGCGAGACCACUUCUAUCAGUAUGGAGAGUUACGAAGUGUUAAUGUCGUGGCCAAGCAACAAUAUGCUUUUGUGCAGUUUACCUCUCGUACAGCAGCUGAAUUAGCAGCAGAACGUACAUUUAAUAAACUCAUAAUACAGGGACGGAGAUUAAACAUCAAGUGGGGUCGGUCACAGGCCCGACAAGGUGGCCUUGGUAUCGGUGGCAUAGAGGAGUUAGAAGGUGAAGAUAUUGCUCCUCAAACACUAGAACCAGUACCAGGCUUGCCAACACUUCCUCCACCCCCAGAAGAACUACAAAACAACUUCUUCAACCUGCCUUCAACAGCUGCCAGCAUACCUCUUCCCCCAGGCCAGGCCCCUGCUGUGGCUGGUACUCCUACCAUCCGCCCUCCAAUGCCAUCUGGCCAGACACCUCCAAGACCUCCAGCACCACCUCCAGGAAGCCUCCCUGGUGGGCCCCCUCCUCUUGGUGGGCCACUGGGCCCUCGUCCUCCUCCAGGUGUACCUCCAGCUCCCCCCGGUCAUCUUCCUCCCUUACAGCCUCCUCCAUUCUUCCCCCCACACUUGCGUGCACCUCUUCGUCCUCCUCCAGGAGUCCGUCCUCCAAGUUACUUCCCACAACCACCCCCUAUCCCUGGUGUUGGUCCUCCUCCCCCACUCACUCAUGGGAUCAUACAUUAUCCUUCACAAGAUCCUACUCAAAUGGGAGCAAAUCCAGACAAAAAGUGAAGGGGUAGAGAUUCUAUUGAGAAAUGAGAGCGUAUAGAAUUGAAUAUUGGGCAAUUUAGGCUAUCUUUAUGUUUAUACUAGUAUUUCAUGAGCUCCACUUGAAUUCAUAUUAAUUUUCUUAAUAAAGGGAUAGUUGAAAUUUGACCAGUAUUGAACAAUGUAAAGUUUUCAUAAAAUAUGAAUUCUCAA